AUGUCGCAAGAUCCUGAUUCUCAACUCUCGCAAGGCCCCCUUGCCCCUCCUGCAGAGAUCACCGGCCCCGCAACGCCCAUGCAACGUGCAAGUCUGUCUGCAUCACCAGACCUGAGUGUAGGUGCUGGAAUCCCGGUAUCACAUUCUGACCAGAGUAAAUCUGUAUCACCCUCGCUACCUUCAUCUGAUAUGACGCCGCCGCCAUCAUCACAAAUUCCCGGGGCCCCGCGCCAACGGUCAAGAUCUACUUCAAGCUCCUUGCUAGCUUCUCCUCCCGAUAUCCAAAAGACCCUCUGUGUUGCCUAUGGCGCCUCAGAAAACCUCCCCACUGCCGAUGAUAUUGAUACCGCCGAUGAGUCAAAGCUCCGGGCGAUGGCUAAAGACCUGUUGAGUGUUGCCCAAGAGGCUCGCAUGUCAGCUCUGCACUUCAAGCUACAGAAUAGUUUGCUAUCGUUCACUAGUAACGAAGCUAUCAAGCGUGCCGAGGUAGAGCAUCAACUUGCUAGAAGAGAGGUCGAGAUCAUCCAGAGCUCUGAGUAUCGCAGUCGUCAUUGCCAACCUGAGGUCAAAGCAGUGCAGCAGAUUUCCAAUGUGGAAUUAGAGCUUGCCCUCAAGCGCAAUCAAGAGCUUGGAAGAGUAAAUGCCACACUCGAUCGGCGGCUGCGUCGGGCUAAAAAGCUAAUUGAGCAAGAGAAGGAGAGGUCAGACCUUCUCGAGGAGGAAAAUAAAUUGCUGAAAGAGCGUAUCAGAGACAAUCGGAAGCAUUUCUCUCAAAUGAUUGAACAUGGACCGAUGUCGCCCAGCCCCCAGAGAGAAAUACAAGCUUCUCAUAGGCGGCCUGUACCUCACUAUGUGGAGCACGAUGGCCGCCAGGUGAACGGCAGCGAUAGCCAUGACCCGUUCGCGCAACUCCUUGCUGCCGACCGUGUUCUCAAUCGAGGAUCACCGAGUGUCAUAUCCACACCACACAGGAGCCGUACUUAUAAGCAGCAUAAUGAUGGCCAGAUGCGUGGAAACCACACACUCCCCUCCGUUCCCAUGACACCGUCCCGUGCUCGGAUGGCCCCUGGAGGGAACCAAUAUAGCACACCGGGAAAGGAGUCUCAUGACAGCCACCGUGAUCGAGACAGCACGAUAUCGGCGUCCGACAUCGAGGAAGCUGAGACGGAGGAAGACAUCCCAGCGUCAGAGGCUGGUGCUCUUGCCAGUAACAUGCUUCGUUCCCACGCUUUCAGCAACCGCCGUGAGAGCCGAGGCAUAACGAAUGCACCCAAGUCCAGCACACUUCUGCAAACCAAAUUGUUCGGUCAAGUGAGGAAGUCAGGUGUUGAGCGCCCAUCAUUUGGUCUUAAACGUAAGGCGAGUUUUGAUGGUGCGACUUCGAAGAAAAUGAAAGCGGAGGAAAGGGUGGGUCUCGGCAUUGACACCUGGAAUAAUUAA